AUGCCUUCAGAAGAGGCCAAAAGCAACGAUGUAAUCGCCGGACAUGUACCGCCGGUUCAAGACGAGUCAUUGAACUUGACAACGAGAGCGAUUGCCGAUUGGGAAUGGAGCCCCUCUGAAAAUGCCGAUAACAUCAUUGCAACUGGUGUUGGCGUCGCCAGCGUCCGGACCCCGAGCCAUCCUCUGUUGAGCACGUACUCCGAAGAUGCUGCUUUGAGCGACAAUGGAGACGACGACGCCGGUUCGGGCACAACGGAAGAGGACCUCGUCAACCAGUUGUCUGAUAGACUGGGGUCUCUUCAAAUUGGCCCAAAUGGUCGUAUCUCGUAUUUCGGACCAACAUCUAACUUCAGCUUGAUGGAACUACCUGUGGGAGCCGAUACUUUGGCUAUGGAUCGAACCGUGCGCAAUGAUGGCCAGGAACACCUCGACAACAUGGGCUACGGCAAGCAGGUACCGCAAGAUCUCGAAGAUCAUCUGAUCAAUCUCUACUUCACAUGGCAGGACCCCUUUCAGCAUGUGGUCGAUAGGACUCUCUACGAAGAAGCGAAGCAUAGUUGGCAUGAGCGAGAAGAAGACACGCCAUAUUACUCCGAGGCACUCAGAAAUGCAAUGACGCUCGGAUUCUACAGAGGUCGACCUUUCCGUAUCAGCAUGGACGACAUCACAGUCGAGAAACCGAUAGUAGACUUGUCAGAUGGACGGGUCGAGCAAUGGUUCCCUUACGUUUCGCGUCUUAGCAACGGCAACUCACCAGUACCCCAACAGGACCACGCCGAGGCUGUUAGUCUUCACAGGAUAGAGUUAUGCGAGAUCAUGGCACCUCUUGGUCACACACUGUGA